AUGUGCUUCCUUUUCACCCGUUUUGAUUUCCGUCUACAUUCUCUCAUUUUGAUAUGCACUUCUUUUCAACCCGUUAUAAUUUCCGUCCCCUUUCUUUCAUUUUUCUUUUCCUCUCGUUUUGAUUUUCGUUCCCUUUUCCUUUGUGUUGAUUUUUUCUUCUUUUUCCUCAUUUUUAUUUAUGUCUCCUUCUCCCCAGCACCAGUGGUUCCUGGACCACCAGAGGUUCCUGGACCACCAGUGGUUCAUAGACCACCAGUGGUUCAUGGACCACCAAUGGUUCGUGCACCACCAGUGGUUCAUGGACCACCGGUUGGCGACUACUGUACUAAACUGUUGACAUUUGUUCAUAGCACUUUCUUCUUUUUUCUUUCUUCCUUUCUUUCUUCCUUUCUUCCUUCCUUUCUUUCUUUCUUUCUUUCUUAUUGUCUUUUUUUUAUUUUUAUUUUUUCUUUGCUUUUCUUUCUUUCAUUCAUUCUUUUUGUCUUUCUUUUUCUUUUUUCUUUCUUAAUUACUGUCUUUCGUUCUUUCUUCUUUCUUUAUUUUUCUUUUUUCUUACUUUGUUUUACUUUUUUUCAUUUUUCUUUCUUUCUUUCUUUCUUUCUUUCUUUCUUUCUUUCUUUCUUUCUUUCUUUCUUUCACUCGCAAAAUGAAACAGAUGAAAUGAUAUUUUCGGUGUCUUCGGUCUAUGCUGAAUUCCAAGCCAAAGACAGGAUUUAG